AUGUCUUCUCAGCGUGUAGAACGGUCGACUCGCCUUUCCGCCCCCCCUUCACGCGACGAAAUGUUUUACAAUUUGGACAGUCACGCAGACAUCCAACGAGCGCAUCCCGCGUACAAGGGUAGCAGCUAUCAAUCGCAGCCUGGAUCCUUGGACCAGCUCACUCCCGCCGACGCGGUAUAUGAUGGAUCCUUCUACUGGCCGAAAGACGGUAGUGCGCACCCCUCCGUUUCCGCCUCUCACUCCGCUACUGGAUCAGCGAACCUCCCUUGCAACACUCUAGCCGCUCUUGCGGUAGUCACCUCAAUGAUUGAAGUGAUGUUGGGCGUCGGGAUGGAAGUGUCUCAGCUCAAGCCAGCGGCUCUGAUGCUUUCAAGCUGUCACCUGGAUAUCGCGAAGCAACUUCGCGCGGAGGCGGGACGAGAUACAACUGAGAGCAAGUACCAUUUCAACAAAGGUUGCGAAGGACUACGGGACAUCUACGGUGCCUUCGAUCAACCGCCGUCAACAUCUUCUGAACCAAUUCCCUUCUGCUCCUCCUUUUCCUCUGUCCUUCGUCACGGCGAUAAUGGGCGCAGUAGCCAACAACGCAGUCCUCAGGAGGCCACCCCCGACAGCCACAGCUGCUCUCCAGAGGCAACUCUACCAUGCUCUCAGCUCAAAAUUCUCGAGGGGGAGGUCCAGUCUCUGCGUAAUCGGCAAGAGGAUCAAGCCGAGGCGUUGAACCGCGCGCGGACUGCGAAGCGAAAGCUCGAGGAGGACCUCGAAGGGGAACGACAUGUCCGUCGCAAGCUGGAGCGGCGAUUGGAUCAAGCGGAGUCAGAGGCUUCGGGAGCUCAGAAGGGCGAGAAGUUCGCGCUCGCCCAGUGUCGCGCGGAGGUGGAGACCCGACGCCGUGCAGAGGAGCGUGCGGACGAUAUGCGGCAGGAGGCAGAGGAGGUGCGUACGUCGCUGGAACCGAGGAUCGCCCAGUAUGGGGAAUGGGAGCGCAAUCUCAAGGACUUCUUCGGUAAGCUGGGGAUAGUGUGCCUGAAGGCUGCGAGGGGCGAGUUUGGGGAGGUGCUGAGCGGGCGGUUAUGA